GGAGAUAUGACGUCACGUCCGGCUACCUGCACUCAGCACUUCCGGCUGGGGCCUGGUCCGGAGGGUGCGAGGCGCCGCGAUGGGGCGGGGGAGGCGCUCAGUGAUGGCAGAGCUGCGACGUCGGUGACGAUGGCCACCUCAGAGUGGAUUCAGUUCUUCCGGGACGCGGGGAUCCCCCCUGGCCCCGCUGUCAGUUACGCCGUCACCUUCGUGGACAAUCGCAUCCACAAGCACAUGCUGCUGGACCUGACCAAGGAGCUGAUGCAUGAGUUGGGCAUCACGUUGGUGGGCGACGUCAUCGCCAUCCUCAAACACGCCAAGGUGGCCUACAGGCAGGAGAUGUGCCGUGCAGCCACAGAGGCGCUGACCCCCCCCAGCGCCCCCCCGGAGCUGCGGCGCUGCGCCAACAGCGCCGCCGGACGGAUGAUCGCCAACAGCCUCAGCCGCGACCCCACCUCCAUCUCCAUCACCGUCCCCAACCACAGUUCCCCCCCGGUGCCCCCAAAGCUGCGCCGCGUUGCAGCCGACGCCGCAGUGCUGAACCCCCGCAUACGGCACAGCCCUGCAGCCCCAGCUCUGCAGAGGACGUCGGUGUUCGACCGCCUGGGAGCGGAGACGGAGCUCAGCAAGGACCCCCCGUUUCCCCCCCAGCCCGCAGUGGGGGUGUUUGGCCGCCUGGGCUCCGCGCCCCCCACCUCCCCCCCCCCAUCGCCGGAGGAGGACAACGGCCGCCCGCUGCCCUACGCCGGGGUCCUGAAGAAGCCGCCCCCCCCUCCUCGGGACCCCCCCCCCGCCGUCCGACCCCCCCACUCCCCCCACCCCCUCCGAGGCUCUGCCGCCCCCCCCCGCCCCCCAGGACUGCCGCGUCAGCAGCAGCCGAAGGGGGAGACCCCCCCGGGGGGGGGCGGUGCGGCUGCAUCGGGGCUGGGGGGGUCCCAGAGCGCGCAUGGACGGCGCCGGGGGGGUCAGCGUGUUCCGCAGGCUGGGGAGGAAGGUGCUGUGACGUCAUCGCUCGGAGCGGUGACGUCAUCGUUCAGUGCUGCGACGUCAUCGCUCGGAGGUGGGGCGCCAUCAUUUGGCGCUGUGAUGUCAUCACUCGGUGCCUUGAUGGCGUCACCCGGGGUCACCUGACGUCAGGACUGGGAGCUGCGACGUCAUCAUUCGGCGUCGUGCGGUCAUCAGUUAUGGGGUGUGACGUCAUCGCUUGACACUGUGACGUCAUCGUUUGGAGGUGUGGUGUAAUUUGGCGUCUCAGUGCCAUUGUUUGGAGGUGUGAGGUCAUCACCUGGAGUGGUGACGUCACCGUUUGACGCUGUGACAUCACCACUUGGAGCUGUGGUGCCAUUGUUCUCUGCAAGUGACGCCACCACCGGAGCCGUGACGUCAUCAUUCUGUGCCAUGACGUCAUCGCUCUGAGCGGUGACGCCAUCACUCGGAGCUGCAGUGCCAUUGGGGGGUUUUGUGACGUCACAGGGGCUCUGUGACGUCACCACGCGAUGCUGUGACGUCACCGGGGCGCUGUGAUGUCAUCGCGGGGGGGCAGACGGGCGACAGCGUCACCAUUUUUACCCCCACUUUGCCCCAAAUGGGCGUUUCCUGCCCAGAUUUGGGGAUUCCCAUUAUUUAACCCCCCCUUUUUUUUCUCCUUCCCCCAAACCGGCGCUUUUCAGCCCAAUUUUCACCCAAAUCUCGCGCUUUCACCCCCAAACCGAACUGUUUCUUCCCCAGCUGCCCAUUUUUCUGCUUCCUUCCCCAUUUUUGGGGGGGGGGAGCCCCCCAACGUCUCAAUUUCUCCCUCCCAUUUUUAAGGCAUUUUUCUUCUUUUCAGCUCCAAUUUCCUUCCUUUCCCCCCCCCUUUUUUUCCUCUUUUUCCCCUUUUUUUUCUUUUUUUCCCCAUUUCUUCCCCUUUCCCCCCGAUUUUUCUUCAUCCCCCCCCAUUUCCCCCCAUCUCUUCCCCCCAUUUUUUCCUCUUUAUUCCCCCCAUUCCCCCCCCCCCCCCUCCCCCACUCCCACAUUUCGGUUCUGCUGCUUUGGGGACAGCCUGAAAUAAAGGCUGAAUCUCCCCAAAACACCGACCCCAAAAUGCCAUUUUUUCACCCAAACUUCACUUUCCUGCCCCCCCCCCCCCCCCCCCAAAGGUCCCCCUAUGCGGUUCCACAGGCACCGAUUUUGGGCUGAAACCGUCAGGUUUUGGGUGUCGUCCCCCCCCUCCCCCCCCCGCAGGUUCCCCCCAUGCGGUUCCGUCCGUUUGCUGUGGGUUUGGCGCUGAAUUUUGGGUUUCUUUUCUGUGUUUUUGGCGUUUGGUUGUUCUCAUUAUGGUGCUUUUCUGCAGCUUUGAGGCCACGUUUUCACAUUACCCCGCUUUGGCUUUUUUUGGGGGGGGCUUUUCCCCCGCCCUCUCCCCCCCCCCCCCACCCCCCCACCCCUCAGAGCGCUUUCAUUGUGUGGAGCAGUGCUGCAAAACACCAAAAAAAGGCAAAAAAAACCAAAAAAACCCCCGAAAAAAAAGCCACUUUUUGGAGGCUUUUCCCCACUCUGUGCCUUCAUUUUCCCUCACGGUUGAGGUGUUGGGGGAGGGGGGGGGGGGCGGAAUGGUGCAAAUAAAGGGCAUUUUUUGGAA